UUCACCGCCUUCUUCCGGGAUCGAAUGACUCCAGACCAUCAGCAACACGAGCCCACCCCUGGUGUGAAUGUGGGAACAACCAACAUUCCCAGUGUGGGGGAGGUCAGUGUGUGGGACUUCGCUGGACAGUCGGAGUACGCAGUAACCCACAGCAUGUUCAUGGAUGCAGAGAACACAAUCUUUGUUGUACUGUACAGCAUCAUGGAUGAUAUUCGUACACAAGAGAAAAAGGUCCACUGGUGGCUGUGUUUCAUCAAGUCCUGCAACACAAAGAGUAAACCUAACGUCAUCCUCGUGGCCAGUCAUGCGGACCUGGCUGUUGCAGGAGGACAUCAAAGGGCAACUUCCCUCCUUGAGCUGAUGACAUCAGAGUUCAAGGAUCAUCUGGACAUCUCAGACGAAGUGUUCCUACUCGACUGCAGAAAGACUCGUCAAACUGACAUGUGGCGUCUUAAACACCUUUUGAUAAGACUGAAGGCCCAGCUUCUAACACACCAGCGAGCCAUACCCAAACUGUGUGCCGAAAUCAUCAAGUGCCUACCCAAAUGGACCAAGGAGAAGUGCAGCCCAAAGUGUCCCGUGUUCAGAUGGACAGAGUACAAAGAGGCUGUGAAGGAGAUCGACCGCUUGGCUGAAGAAGAUUUUCUAAUGGCAUCUUCGCAGUAUCUGAAUCAGCUUGGGGAGAUCUUGCUUGUCUCCUCAACUACUGAGCCCAUUGUUGUCCUGGAACCCAACUGGCUCUGCACGGAUGUCUUCGGCAAAGUCAUGGCACCAGAAAACUUCCCCAUCCAUCUGAGAAGACGUGAGGGUAUUGGUAUUGUCACAAAAGAUGAGAUCCAAAAAGUGUUCAAAGACGUCACCACCGAUGUCGAUCUCCUGAUCACCCUGCUGCAAGAGUUCCAGCUCUGCCACACCUUUGAUGGACAAGAGUUCAUCAUCCCCGGGCUGCUGACACAGAUCAUGCCUCCAGAGAAGUGGCAGCCAACCGCAGACCCUGCCAAGACCGUGUACUUCGGCAAGCAAGUCCAGUGCGCCGACACCACCGACAUGUUCUCCUUCGGGUUCUUUCCCCGUGUGCAGACCCGCCUGAUGAGGCAGCUGAAGAAUCGCCCGCUGCUGUGGAGAGACGGAGCCAAGUGUUUCGACUGGAACGUGGAAAGCCUCAUCAAGCUCUCUGCAGACGGUCGUGCGGUCAACAUCUGUGUGCGGAGCGAGCAGGCCGACAAGCCGAGCUGCCGACAGAUGCUCGCGCUGAUAGAGAACAUCCUGACCAACGAGCUCGACGAGUGCAGCCCAGGCACCACUACAGAGGAGAGGGUGCUCAGCGCUCGUGCACUGAGGGAACACAGAGAAGAAGUCUACUCCUACAGCAUGGAUAAGAUCGACAAGGCUAAAGAAGAGGACGGCAUCGUCCAUCACGACAUCCUUGGCUUCUCUGAAGACGUCGAUGACCUCCUGUAUGGCGAAAGAGACGACGAGGAAGAGGAGCAAGGAGCUGUUGGAAACAGGGUCCAGCAAAAGAUCGUGGGCGGGUAUGGCAACACUAUCAUCAACCCAGGUGAAGGUUCGGUCGUCAACGUGUAUCACGGUGCCGUUGGUGCCAUUGGUGCCAUUGGACGACUGCAGCUAGAGGAUAAUGUGUCUGAGACUAGCUCAGAUAGGCUGGCCCUUGAAUGA